UAGGGAGCUUCCAAUGAGAUUUUCAAUUCUUCUAUAUCAUACUGAAGAAUUUCGAGUAUCGAAAUCUGGAUUUAAGCGUACAGGCUACCACUGAGCCAAUGUCCAUUAUGUUGCCUCUCUUUCAACCAUUCGCCUUCCCAGCUUCCCCCACAUUGCGGCGUAUCCGCCUGAAGACCCCGGGCCUCUGUGCCCGCUCUGCCUUGACCCAAAGUUGGAUGACCAACGCACCAAAAGAUGGAGACUGUGGAGAGGUGCAGAUUUUAGGUUCGGAUUGUUGUGCAUACGACUUCCUUCUUCGUUAACGCACACCAUACAGUACCCACCAGAAAGUCUGGGCUCGGAAGCACCCCACCGGAACCUACUGCAAAUGGGAAACACAUAACCCCACCAAUGGAACGACCGUGAAGUUCAGCCUCCCUCGUUGACGGCUUCGCCGAAGACAUUGGACAUUCGUUUAAGAUUCCUUGUCUCGUCAUAAUUGUUCCAAUUUGUGUUCGCUUUAAAUCCGAAUCCAUAUGUCGUCAAGUCUGGCUUUCAGCUCCUCCGGGGCUUUUCUCAAUACGAAGUACAAGCAUCGGAACACUAUUGAGAUCCCACAACAUAUUCUUCCCUUCAAGGUACAUUCGAGUACUGGAAAUGUUUCAACUCCAGAUGUCCUAUUAUCACGAGAAAAUGACCAUGAGCCAAAAUCGUCAUGUACUUUGAAGCAGGUUGCUGGACAAGAGGAGACCGCUUCACUCAUUCUUGACUUUAGAUUUGCCGUUGCUGGUAUACCUGUAAUUCGAGUUGCUACUCUUCAACAUACCUCAUUACCCGUUCUUCUGGAUCUGACAUAUUCAGAGGGCUUUCCAGGCAUCGAACGACAUGGUGGUGAUGGGCCUUUCCCUUUCUCAGCCGGAGCAGACACACAGCGGCGGAACAGAUUCAGGAUUCGUGGGCCUGGUUUCUACGAAGCGAAACAUGUCCAAGGAAGUCAGAGAUGGAUGAAAAUCACUUUGGCAUCAAAACAGCCGUGUUCGAUAUCAUUGAGUUUAGCUGCGUUCAAGCCGACUACCGAGAACACGCCUUUAGACCAACUUCCGGGAUAUUUUGCCUGCUCAGAUACCCAGCUCACAGAUCUCUGGGGGUACGGAGCACGUACGUUGCAACUUAACUGUAUUCCUGCGAGGACUGUUCCUCCUCCAUGGCAAGUUUCAGAAGAUAUGGGAAUUUUAGUCGAUUCACAGAGAUGCAAUGCCUACGGGUGGGGAGGCGGGUGGGGGGAUUAUGAAGUGAAGUUUGAAGGGAUGGUCAUUGAAGGGGGUCUCUGCUGGGGUGUGAGGAUGCAGCCAAUUGGCGGCCACCUCUUCGUUCUCAACGUGGAUGCAGGCGCCACUUCAACCACACUGGAACUGUGGUUUGGACUUUACAAUAAGCCACAGAAGACUUUGGUUCCUCUUUUGUUGGAGUCUCAAGAGUUGAAGAACCGCAAAAUUGAGGCCAGCAAGUGGUAUAACAUCAAAUGCGUCUGUGUUGGAACCGAAGUAUACAGGGUCUUUAUUGAUGGCCAGCUUGUGGGUACUUUCAAGACAGCUGCCUCUAAUGCACCAAAACCAGAAAGUCUUUCUUUCGGACCCCAAGGAUUCCCACAAGGAUCAAUCGGUUUCGGGGCUGGCGAGGAUCAGAUCUGUAGAUUUCGUAAUGUCACAGUAAAGUCCGCAAAUUCUGACGAGAUUCUGUACACAUCCGGUCUCAAUAACCCCUCGGUACUGGGCGAUUUUGGAAUCAAUUGGAAUCCGCUGCCAUACAUUUUUGAUGGAGCUAAGCGAGACCGGUAUGCGUGGACUGCCGACAUCAUCACUGGAGGACCGGCAUUAUAUUACUCAACAGCAGGUCUGGAAUAUAUUAGAGGGAACAUUGAAGCUUCUAUGAUGAGGUCUACGGCAAGGAACGGCGCCGCGGGUCUUCUACCAGGAGGAAUUCCGCCUGGCAGAGAAUUUGAACGUAGUGCCGACGACACCAUGUUCAAAGUUCUGUCGGCAAGCUAUUCUUUGUACCUCAUCCUAGCUGUGUAUGAUUUCUGGCUUUAUACAGGCGAUGACCUUUUAGUUUCUACUUAUUGGGAACAAAUGCAAGGAUGUUUAAAGUUCAUGGAGGAGCUGGCGAACGAUGAUGGCUUGAUCUCGGUUGAAGGAAUGGCUGCUAUGGACUACGACUAUUAUAACGGUCAGCAAGCGGGAGUUGCUACAAAACGCAAUGUCCUCUAUGUCGCAGUACUCAGGAAGUGCGCUACAAUGGCUCAGUCUGCAGCCAUAGACGAUCCAAAAGCCGCCCAGAUCUAUCUAUCCCAAGCGAAUCGAACAGCAGAAUCCAUAAACAAGCAUCUCUUCAACCCUGAAACGGGUCACUACAAGAUUACAGCUGACCGCCCAACUGGAUUCCAACAAGAAACCAACGCCUGGCUCCUCACCACGGGCAUUGCACCCGAGCCAAUCCAAGCUUCCCUACUCCAGAAACUCAAUGCCCUUUACACUGGUACACACAACAAUUCACCUACACAGUUCUCCCAAGAUACUCCAAACGUGCCACGGACCAUCUCCCCAAUCACCUCUACGUUCCACAUCCUCGCAUGCCUACAAGCUGGCGACGUCUCCUCGGCCGAGCACAUCUUCCGCACAGUAUGGGCACCAAUGUGUGAUGUAUUCUCGCCUCACUUCACAGGCACGACCUGGGAGUUUAUGAAUCCUGACGGUACACCAUUCGAAGAUCAAUUCUGCUCGUAUGCGCAGCUCUUCAGUGUUGGUCCGACAUCAAUCUUAUCGAGAUUCGUGCUAGGCGUAGAGCCUGUCACGCCUGGAUACAAGACAUUCCUCGUGGCGCCGAGAUUCAAGAUGGAUGGCGUGAGGUGGGCGGCGGGGAGAGUGCCUACUCCGGUGGGGGAGCCGAUUGUUGUGAGGUGGGAAUUGUUUGGUGUAGGCUGGAGGUUGUGGUGUAAGACUCCUGGGGGUUUGAAUGGAGUUGCGAGGGUUCCGGAGGAGGUUUGGGUAAAGAGGAGGAGUUUGAAGAUUAAUGAGGUAGAGAAAGAUCAUGAGGAGCAAGAGAUCCGGGUUGGUGGAGCUGAUGGAGGAGAAGUGGAUAUCGAGAUAUAUUUCUAGUUCACGGGAGCAAAUUAUUGUGUGGCAUGUAAAGAACUGAAGUGCUUCUUCUAGGUCUUUGGAUGUCCCAGAGGUCUCAUGAUGGACCAAGGUGAAUAACACACAAUAAAAUGUGAAUAAAACGCUACAAUAAUCAAAAUAUACAG